AAGCUUAUGCUAACAGUUUUAUAUGGCUUAAAGCCUUUAAACACUUGAACUAAUAUAUUUAUAUAGAUAAAGAUUUCAAAGACACUAGUGUUAUAAGUAAAAUAUUUAUAUUUCUUCAAAUAUUUAGAAAAUAUAGCUUACAAUGUAAUAUAAAAAAUUUAAAAAAUUAAUGUUUCAUAAGUGUCCUUGUGUUUUUCAUAUUUUACAUUAGAUAUGUUGAAGUGAUCGUGGUGUGUUCAGUGUCGGUAUUGGAGAUAGUACUUUAUAGAUUAUCUCUCAAUCAUGGGGAUGAAGUGUCAGAACAUGGAAAAGGUAUUUGGAGAGAAAGAAUGAAAAUUUUUUAUGAUGGAAACAGUACAGUGUACAAGACAAUAUAUAAGUUACACAAGAAGGAUGGUAUAACCAACUAAUAUACAACUAACAGAAAGUUAAAACUAACUAAACAUGAAGCAGAGUAGCCAUUUCAGUACACAAUAAUAACCUUACAUAGAAGUCGUAACUUUUUGUGCAGAGGUGAAGAAUAAAUAACAGGGGCAUCCAGUUAUACUAAAGCAUAGUACAUGUUCUGAAUCCUACUAAAUAUGAUGAUACUGAUACGUCGUACUCAAGGGUUAUGAUCCAAUUGACGGUGUUAGGAUUCCUACUCGCUGACCUUUCCUUUUAUAUUAAUCGUGUUUCACUGUUUUAACAUGUUCCGAAGGAGGCAGAUUUCUAGCUCAAAUUUUGAUACCUUUUUUUCUUUCAUACUCCUAUAGUUUUUUACUAUCAUGCCAAAAAUAUGACUUGAUAUUUUAAUUGGCGCACUCGAUGAGUGAGAGAGCAUUUAGUUAGUUUGCCAAUAUCCAUUUGGUGGACUUAACUCGUACUUCGCAUGUCACUUUGUAAUAGUCCAAUUGUACACUGAUUGGUACAUCUGGUCUAUCUUAUUUUACUCAAAUAAAGAUGACUAUUAACGAAAAUGACAGAAAAGUCCUAAAUGCUUGGGGCUCUAGGAUAUAAAAUGCGAAAAGGAAUACUAGCAAACGUACUUUUUAAGAUGCUCUUAUUAGGAGUAAAAAAUAUAUAUUAUUCCCCGUGCCAAAUUACUACUCCUUCUUAUCACAGCAAUUUCCCCGGGCUCUCCUUUCUCAAGUCAGCCUGGCAGAUGUCCUUUUACUUCACCAACUAGUAUGAAUCGAAAAAAUCUUGUAAGAAAUUGUCACGCAGUAAAGAUCAACCUUGCCAUUCAAUUAAGUCAAAAGAUACUUCUGUUUUCCACUAAAAUUAUUUUAGUGCCCUCGUUUCAAAUGAUCAAAUACAAUACUCAUUACAUCGAAUUGCCAAAUAAGCACACUAACAUCCAAUAUACAACAGUUCAUAGUUCCGCGUGCUUUAUCUUGUUCUUUUCCCUUUCGUUUGAAAACAAGAAAGUUCUCACUCACUACAAUUUCCACAUCAAGUUCUCUCUUCUCCAUUCAGAUCACCUCAACCUUUUCAUCCAGCUACGUAGCCAUGACCACCCCUUCUUCCUUCCUCGUAUUAAUCACCCUUGUUCUCUUCUUAACAACUUUGCCACAAUCCUACUCUCAGAAAAACGACAGCUUCUCUAUUUGCAGCCAAUCAUUCAGUUGUGGUACUCUCACAAACGUUUCCUAUCCUUUCUGGGGAGGGAACCGACCCAAGUUUUGUGGCAUCGAUGGGUUCAAGAUCACCUGCAUGCAGAACCAAAACACUUCGAUCCAAGUUGGUUCCCAAAAGUUCCAUGUACUAAAUAUUAACCAAAACGCAUCUACCAUGAGAAUGGUGCGAACAGACUUUGUCUAUGAUCGUUGCUCUUCCAAUUUCACCAACACUUCUCUGAAUGCUAGUCCGUUUAGUUUUCUCCCCACCGUUCAGAAUGUCUCUAUAUUCUACAACUGCUCCUCUGAGAAUUCAAUAGUGGGAAACACUUUUACGUGCCAGAAUGGUAGCAAAAAGCAUGCUUUCUAUGUGGUGAAUGGAACUCAGGUGAAGCAGUUUCCGGGUCUUCAGAACUGUGGGGUUCGUAUUCAAGUGCAAGUUUCACACGAUGCUGUUUUGGACUCUGAGGGUGGUGUUGUGGCGUUGAAGAAAGCACUAGAUGAAGGGUUUGAUGUGCGGUAUGAUGCAAAGUGGAGUUCUGAGUGUACUGCAUGCAAGGAAUCUGGAGGAGCAUGUGGAAGGAAUGAGAAUGAUUCGGCUCAGUUUUCCUGUUAUUGCUCGGGUGGAACUUACGAUUCAGUGUGCUCUACUCAUAAAAAUCGAAGGAAGAACAAAGUGUUGAAGCUGGUUUUAGGUUUCGUAGCCACUGGAUUUGGACUACCUCUAAUCGCUGUCAUCAUAUGCCGAAAUAAAGCUAAGGUGUGGAAGUUUAUAUCAACAAGAUUCAGUAAGAGAAAAAGGAAUGAUAGAGACAUAGAAGCCUUCCUUGAAACUCAAGGUUCUCUGGGUCUAAAAAGAUAUAGUUUCUCUGAUGUCAAGAAGAUGACGGAUUCCUUCAAAGUUAAAAUAGGAGAAGGUGGUUAUGGUUCCGUAUACAAAGGAAAAAUACUCAAUGGCUGCUGUGUUGCCGUGAAGGUACUGAAUGAGUCAAAAGACAAUGGCGAAGAAUUUAUCAAUGAGGUUGCCAGCAUAAGCAAAACAUCCCAUGUUAACAUUGUCACUCUUCUUGGGUUUUGUCUAGAUGGAAGCAGAAAAGCUCUCAUCUAUGAAUUCAUGUCCAAUGGUUCGCUUGAAAAGUACAUUAAAAACAAAGAAGCUGAAACCACUACUCAAUCCUUGAGUUGGGAGAGAUUGUACCAGAUUGCAAUAGGCAUAGCUAAAGGGCUUGAAUACUUGCAUAAAGGAUGCAACACUCGGAUUCUUCAUUUUGACAUUAAACCACAUAACAUCCUUUUGGAUGAAACUUAUCGUCCAAAGAUAUCAGAUUUUGGGCUAGCUAAGCUCAGCGCAAGGGAUGAGAGCAUAAUUUCAAUGUCAAAUGCUAGAGGGACAAUUGGGUAUGUAGCUCCUGAAGUGUGGAAUAAAAGUUUUGGAGGUGUUUCUCAUAAGUCUGAUGUAUAUAGCUAUGGAAUGAUGCUUCUAGAAAUGGUUGGAGGAAUGAAGAACAUCAACGUUGAAGCUAGUCGCUCGAGUGAGAUUUAUUUCCCACAUUUGGUGAUUUAUAAGAAGCUUGAGCAGGAAAGUGGUUUGGGACUUGAUGGGGUUGUGUCCACAGAGGAAAAUGAGAUAGCAAAGAGAAUGACUAUGGUGGGUCUUUGGUGCAUUCAGACAAUUCCUUCUCAUAGACCUACCAUAACUAGAGUGAUUGAAAUGUUGGAAGGUAGCUUGGACAAAUUGGAAAUGCCACCAAAACCAGACCUGUCUUCUUCUCCAAUAUCAACAACAGAAUCUUCCACUGCAUCAAAAUCACUGAAUAGUGUCUAG